AUGCUGCACUGCGGUCGUCUGUUUGCCAAGAAACGAGUGCCACCGCUUGGCUACAGCAGCAGGGAAUUCUCAAGGAAGUUGCGGUCACCGCGGGCGUCGAAGCCGUGGCGCGACCGUCACGUGGUUUCUGGCGGGCAGAUCGAGGUCUCGCCAAGCACCGAAAACAACGUACACGGGGAUCUUUCUACGCGGCCACCUCUUGGCAUUCGCGACGUGCGGGUUAAUUCUGCUGGGGAUUUCACUACGGCAGCGCUGCCAGAAGCCAACUAUGAUACAAUGGCCUCCAAUAGCAUGCUACCAGUCGAACAAGAAGGAGAUUCUGGCGUGGCGACGGUGACUUCAACACCUCCAGUCGCGAAACUUCCGUUUGGGAAGGCACUGGAGCUGAAGGUUGAGGAUGUGAAGACGUACAAGGAGGGCCCGGUCCCCCUGCACCUUCAGCAGUUCCGUCGGAGCCGGCGUGAGGCGGCGGAGUCCAUUCUUCUUCCCCGUCACAUCAACCAGUUGUUUCACAAAAUUAUGGGUUGGACGGAAGACGUCGUGGAGGUGGAUUCGGAGUUGGCGCCACUUGACCCCGGAGCCGAUGGCAAAGCGAAAGCAAGUGAAACGCAACCAGAGUUGAAGAAAAGCGCAGCGGUUUUGCGUCAAAAGUACGACACACUCAGAGACAAGAUGAAAUACGGUGUGCUCUUGGAUAGCUACGAAAAGGACAAGUUUGCGAUUGAACACCAAUUGGAGAUUGCUGGCGAGCGGUUUGAGCGGAAAUUUAUGGAAUGGGAGGGGAUGCAUGUGCUGGACCAAGAUUCCACAGCCGCCAUGCAGGGAGUGCUGGAGAACAAGAGCUCCAUCGUGAUGGAUCUGCCAUCAUCCUUCCACAUUCCUGUCGUGAACCGCGAUUGCUGCAAGGGCUGUGGAGCGCUCUUGCAGGACAAGGAUGAGAACGUGUUUGGAUAUGUGCGCCGCGGGGACAUUGAGAGGUACAUCUUGGACCGACAGGCCAAGAUGAAGGCCCGGGCAGAGUAUGCGGAUCGUAUGUCAGAACUGCAGGCCCACUGGCAAAAGCAUGGUCGCCGAGUCGGGGAGGAGUGGUUGGACUUUAUGACGCAGGAGGAAUUUGACGCCUUUUACAAGGAUCAAAACAAACCGUUUGUUUGCCAUCGCUGCCACGCGUUGGAGAACCUCGG